AUGUCUCAAGUAAUAUUUGAUAAACUUCAACCUGAUCAAAUGACUCAAACAAACCUUAUAUCUUUUCAAGAUGGUACUUUUGAACCUUCUUUAUCGGGUUUUACGCUUACUGUUUAUAGUAUCCAUCCUACUCAUGGAAACUUGCAAGGAAGCUUAAACUUAGCAAAAUUUACUAACCUCAAGAAAAUAACCUUUGCUUACGAUUUUACUCUCGGGAAAUUAGAAGAAAUUGACAUUAGUGAGAAUACAAAAUUAAACAUGGUGGUAUUAGCUAGAGAAAAGCAACUUAAUCAAGUAAUCGUAACUUAUACUAAAAUAGUUAUAUAUCAGAAUGGUGGUGCACGAUGGACUGAAACAAGCAAACUAUUAAAAAAACAAGCCGUCAUUCCCGUCUUUUUAAUUGAAGAUAAAAAAGCAGAGCAACAAGCAGAAGAAAUAGAAGAAUUAAAACAGCAAAUCCAAGAAAAAGAUCAACAAAUAGAAAACUUAGAAAAACAUAUCGAGAAAACUCUUACUCUUGAACAAUUUCAAGAUUUAAACGGGAUAGCUUUGCCUAACUCUGAACUUGAUUUUGAAAAUCUAAAACAAGAAGUCAAAAGACUUAAAUUGAAAGAUUUCAUUCCAUAUUUUAAAGAGCAAAAAGAUGACUUUUCUCAAUUAGUAUCAAAUGCUAAAAAUAAAACUAAAGAUAGCUUAGAAACUAUUUUAGAUCUUUUCUUACAAACCCAAAAACAACUCUGUGAUAAGGAGAAAGAGAAUGAUUCUUUUACUCAAGGUCAGUUGCAAGGUCAAUUAACUACUUGUCAGACGCUUUUACAAACUAAGUUAUCUAAAGAAGAAUUACGAAAGCUUUCCAAUCAACAAAGAGAACUGCUAAAAUUGGAACAGCAAUGGGUUAGUUUGCAAGUAAAUCAUGAAAAAACUUACGUUGAUGAAUAUUAA